AUGCACCUGAACAAUAACGUUACUGAGUUCGUUCUGCUAGGGUUGACACAAGAUCCAGUCUGGAAGAAAAUGAUAUUUGUCAUCUUUUUGCUUUUUUACUUGGGGACAUUGUGGGGUAACUUGUUGAUUAUUACUACCCUCAAGACCAGUCGUGCGCUUGGGAGUCCAAUGUACUUCUUCCUUUUCUAUUUGUCCCUGUCUGACACCUGCUUCUCUACUUCCAUAGCCCCUAGAAUGAUUGUGGACUUGCUUGUGAAAAAGGCUACAAUUACUUUCAGUGAGUGUCUGAUCCAAGUCUUCACAUUCCACUUCUUUGGCUGCCUGGAGAUCUUCAUCCUGAUCCUCAUGGCUGUGGACCGCUAUGUGGCCAUCUGUAAGCCCCUGCACUAUACGACCAUCAUGAACCGCAGGGUCUGUGGCGUGUUGGUGGCUGUGGCCUGGGUGGGAUCCUGUGUGCAUUCCUUAGUUCAGAUUUUUCUGGCCUUGAGCCUGCCUUUCUGUGGCCCCAAUGUGAUUGAUCACUAUUUUUGUGACUUGGAGCCUCUGUUGGAACUUGCCUGUGCGGACACUUACGUGGUCAACCUGCUCCUAGUGUCCAACAGCGGGGCCAUUUGUACAGUGAGCUUUGUCUUACUGAUGUGUUCCUAUGUCGUCAUCCUGCAUUCUCUCAGGAACCACAGUGCUGAGGGCAGGAGAAAAGCCCUGUCCACCUGUGUCUCCCACAUCACUGUGGUCAUCCUGUUCUUUGUACCUUGCAUAUUCAUUUACACACGCCCUGCCACCACCUUUCCCAUGGACAAGAUGAUAGCUGUGUUUUACACAAUUGGGACACCUUUGCUCAACCCUCUGAUUUACACACUGAGGAAUGCAGAAGUGAAAAAUGCCAUGAGGAGGUUGUGGAGCAAGAAACAAGUCUCAGAAGACAUGAGAUUAAUGUAA